AGUACUUCUCACUAACUAUUUGCGUUCUCCAUCAAACUCUGGGAAAGGCAACAAUUUAGUGAUAUACCCUCUCCUCAAUGCAUAUUUAAAACCUUCCUCAACCUUGUGAUGGAGGCCAAAAAACUCGGUUGAAUAACAAACAUGGCAGCCAUUCAACAUGCACCCAAUGGCAUUUGCUUCUCGAGUUACCUUCAUUCCCUCUCCCAAACGCCCCACAGGCUCAGAAGGAGAAUGUUAGCCACAUGGACUCCAGACCAAGAACUCAAUAAGGUGAGGCUAAGGUCUGGUGCAGAGAUGAAGAGGAAACUCAAUUGGUAUGACUUGGUUGCUCUUGGUGUUGGAGGAAUGCUUGGUGUUGGAGUUUUUGUUACUACCGGUCAUGUCGCCCUCCAUAUAUCCGGUCCUUCUGUCUUCAUGUCCUAUAUAAUUGCAGGAAUUUCAGCUCUCCUUUCUUCCUUGUGUUACACUGAAUUCUCUGUUGAGAUUCCGGUUGCUGGAGGUGCCUUCAGUUAUUUACGACUAACCUUUGGGGAAUUUGUGGGUUAUUUUGCUGGGGCAAACAUACUGAUGGAGUAUGUGUUAUCAAAUGCUGCAGUAGCAAGAAGUUUCACCGAGUAUCUAUGCUGUGCUUUUGGAGUGACUAAUCCAAACUCCUGGAGAAUUGAAGUGGAUGGCCUAGUAAAGGGUUAUAACAUGUUGGACUUCCCAGCUGUCGCAAUUAUUAUUCUUCUCACUCUCUGUCUUUGUCAUAGCACUAAGGAGAGCUCUAUACUUAACCUAAUGAUGACAGUCUUUCAUGUGGUUUUCUUUGGAUUUGUUAUAAUUGCUGGUUUCAACAAUGGAAGUGCCAAAAACUUGGUAAAGCCAAACGGGCUAGCUCCUUUUGGUGUCAAAGGCAUCCUUGAUGGCGCAGCUAUCGUUUACUUCAGCUAUAUCGGAUAUGACUCGGUUUCAACCACAGCAGAAGAAAUCAAAAACCCUUCAAGGAGCCUUCCUCUGGGCAUCGUGGGCUCUGUCCUGAUAGUCUCUGCACUUUAUUGCCUCAUGGCCUUGUCUUUGUGUGUCAUGGUUCCUUAUAAUGAGAUAUCAGAUACCACGUCGUUUUCUCUUGCUUUCCAAAACAUGGGUUGGAAAUGGGCAAGCAACGUUGUAGGGGCUGGAGCAAGCCUGGGAAUUGUGGCUUCACUCCUGGUUGCCAUGCUAGGCCAAGCAAGGUACCUUUGUGUUAUUGGAAGAGCCCGGCUUGUGCCUUCCUGGUUAGCAAACGUCCAUCCUUCAACAGGCACUCCAUUGAAUGCCACACUUUUCUUGGGGGUCUGUACGGCAUCUGUUGCUCUCUUCACGGAGCUGGAGAAAGUGAUUGGAAUGAUAUCUAUCGGCACACUCAUGGUGUUCUAUCUGGUGGCAAAUGCUCUUAUCUACCGCCGACAUGUGAUCAAUGGCAGCAACUCGCCAUGUUACACUUUCCUGUUCAUCUUCCUCCUAUCGUCUUGCUCAAUUGGCUUCUCUUUGUCAUGGAAGCUCAAUCAACACUGGUGGUGUCAAACAGUUUUUGCUGGGUCUGUAGUCAUUAUCACUGCUUUCUUCCACUACAUGCUCCCUUGUCAUCCCAAGCCUUCUGAAUGGUCUGUGCCAUUCAUGCCAUGGCCCGCUGCAGUAUCGAUCUUCCUUAACAUCUUCCUCAUGACUACACUCGAAAAACUCUCAUUCCAAAGGUUUGGCAUAUGGGCAUGUUUUAUAACUUUGUUUUAUGUGCUAUAUGGUGUUCAUUCAACUUACAAGGCGGAGGAGAUGGAGGUGGAGAUGGGGAUUGUUGAGGUGAAGACAAACUCAUCAACCCAACAAAAGAAAUUAGAUGUCCAAGUGUUAUGAUUGAAAUAAAAAUUUAGCCUUUUGCCG